AUGUUGGAGAUUGACCCAAACAACCGGCCUACUGCGGAGGACUGCUUUGAGGGAGAGCCGACAAUCGAUUUUAGCAUAAAACAUAGUGGAGGGACCUCCGGCUUGAUCACUCCAACAAAUAAUCGCAGUCUUUCUGCGCAGACAAGCAGGGUCUCAGCAUCCGCGGACAGCCUAAGGCAAAUACCAGCUGGCAGCAUGCAAACACCGAUGCCAAAGCGGCAUCUAUCAUCUACCAGCUCGCGUGGCCACCGCACCAAACGCCAACGAGACUCAAUCGACAAUGCCUCACUGUUUCAGACUCGAAGCGAUAGAACGGUAACAAACACUGCAAUCGGUGCAGCAGCCCCAUUUGACGUCGGAAACCGUAGGCAUCUCGAAUAUAGCUACCAAUAUGCUGAUGCUCCUGAUGACGGUGACGGUGGAGGCUUUGAUCGCAGGCGAUGGGAGAGGACGAUGGGAGAGGACCCAGUGGAACCCGCAGCGCGACCAGCAAAUUGGGAAAACAAAGGGAAUCCAGGCAUGAUCUCAGCGCAGGGGCCGAUCAACAAUUGUCGAGCCGAUCACGGAACUCAAUCACACAAAGUUUGA